AUGGCAGAGAAACAAGCAGAGACAAAACGAAGCCUUCCAACGACAGGUUCUAAUCCUCGCGGUAUCCCAGCAGCUCCUUUCGUCGACAAUGUCACAGACUACGUUACCACAAGGGCAGAUGUUGAGCCCACACUUAGAUCAUUCCAGGAGAUGGUGUCCAAAUAUCAAUUCAUGGAAGUAAAUACACAGAGACGUGCACAGGGCCUGCAGCAGAAAAUUCCAGAUAUACGAAAAACCCUCGAGACUGUUAGAUUUUUGAAGAGUAGGAGAGAGGCUGGCACAAACGAACCUAUUAAAACCACAUUUGACAUGAAUGACACGCUCUAUGCCCAUGCGACUGUAUUACCCGAUGAUACAGAUGAAGUAUACCUAUGGCUUGCAGCAAACGUUAUGCUUGCAUAUCCCAUCGACGAGGCAGAAACAUUACUAGAAGAUAAAUUACAGGCUGCGGAAGUGAGCUUCAAGAACUGCGAAGAGGACAUGGAGUUUUUGAGAGAGCAGGUUACGACACUCGAGGUUGCGACAGCCCGUGUAUAUAACUGGGAUGUGGUACAGAGACGAAAGGAGAAAGCAGAGGGUAAAGAUGAGGAAACAGAAGGUGAAGGGAAGCGGGUACGGACAGAUGGUUAG